AUGGCGAUCGAGAAGGUUAUGAUCAUUGGUAACUGGGAGCUAUGUCUGAGCAUCAUCAACGCUCUUAUACCUCCUGACGGGAGCCGAUCUCAUCCAAACCUACAGAUGUCAGUCCUCACAAAUCCUUCGCAAUGGCUGCGUUUGCCACCACAUCUACCCGCCAAUGCAGUCAAGCACCGGAAGUCUGACUUCUCGCCAGCUUCACUCAAAUCUGCAAUCACCGGGCAAGACUUGGUCAUCAGCACCACAGCUGGAGGAGACUCAGACCAGCAGAUCAGGAUCAUAGAUGCGGCGAUCGCGGCAGGUGCGCGGCGCUUCAUGCCCCACGAGUUUGGUCACGAUACGCUCCAAAAGGGGAUAUCGAAACGCAUCUUGAAGUCUGCAGGCCGCGCCAAGUGGGUCGGUGUUGCGACAGGAUACACUCUCGAUACUGGUCUCAUCAGCGGCAACCUGGGCCUCGACAUGGAAUGGCACAGCGCGACCAUCCACGGCAUUGGCACCGAAACUUUCGCCGCUUCGAGUCUACAGCGGGUUGGACAAGUCGUUGCGCGCGUAAUCGCCCAUUGGGAACAAGUCAAGAACCAGUACAUCUACGCAGCAGGCGUCCUUACAUCUACCACCCAGCGAGAGUUCACGGUCGGCAACUACGACGUUGAAGACUGUAUCAAAGAAGGUGAAACACGCAUUCAGCGCAGCUACCUUGACUCUGGCAUGUUCCUGCUGGAACGCAGCAUUCUGUACGAUGAGCAGCUGGGUGCUACCGAGCCGUUCGAACUGCGCAGCAGUAACGAGCUCCUCGAACUCAUGCCUGAGUCGGUCGAGACGAUCGUUGCGAAUGCUUACCAUGACCUCAAGCAUCAUGCCAAGCCGGGCUGUGGAUGCUCAUCGUGAAUGCGCCUCGCUUGUAUGGAGCUUCAGCUUGGGCAUCCACUGCAAUCAAGAGCCCCACAUACAAUCUUGCCCUAUCAGGCAGGUCAGCACAAGCUACACCCGUGUGUUUCAGCACAGCACAAACAUCACACAAAAUGAUCGAG